AUGGAUCAGGCAUCUUCUACUACAAUGCAUACAACUCAAACCAGGGCUUUCAACACCUGGCUCUGCCUGACCGAGGUCCGAACCAAAGACAUUCGUGGCACUCUGGAUGACUUGCGACAAGGGCCUCCACGACCGCUUUCGGAAGAGGAAAUUAGCAGACUCAUGUUUAUGCUCGGUCAUGUCUUCCACGCCACAGAAAUGGCGCAGAAACUCGUAGACGAGCACGAUGAAGACCAGAAGCGCGACCUGCAAGCCGUGUGUCAAGAGGCAAGGGAGGUUAUGAUUGCGGUGGAUUGCAUACAGAUUGCCAUCUGGCGACUCAACCCCGAUCGACGUUGUCUUAGUCUCAAUGGGCGUGUCCGCCACAAUCCCUAUGAAGAACCUAUUGACAAGUAA